AUGAAGUCAUCAUCUUACUUCUUGUUUGUGCUUCUUCCAUUCGUUACCCACUUAGGUAUAGCAACACCGGCUGUGGAACAGUAUUCCGAUUCUCUUGAGGAGCGGAACGGAGGCAACUACGAGUACGGCAACCACCAGGGAUACGACGACCACCAGGGGUACGAUAACAAGAACAUCUGUGAGGUCAAGCAAACUUAUCCAUACUACAAGUACCCUUGUGACUCAAGCCUCUCUAAUGGCACGUCUCUUCUGGGGGCCACUUUUACUUCGUUUUGCAAAUACCAAAAUGGAAAUUCUGGAGUUUGGUAUGCCGCCCCAAGGGGAUGGGUCAAAGAAGAAGAUAAACCACGACGAUGCCCUGGUUCAUCGACCGCGUGCCCUGUAUAA